UCUAUGUGCACGCACGUCGGUGUGCAUCUGCAUCUGUAUGCAUCUGUUUCUGUGUAUGUGUGUGCAUGUGUAUCUGUUUACUGCAAGGAGAGUGUGUUUGUCUCUUUCCAUAUGCAGAGAGUGAGUGAGAGUAGAGUGUGUGCCCAUCUGUGUUCAUGCCUGUGUGCAUGUAUAUGUUUGGCCAUAGCAGGGGAGGAGGGGUGAGGAGCAGGGAGAAGAGGGGGGCAUGUGCCCCCUCCAUCCCCAGCCCAGCAGGGUCUACCGCCCCUCCCCUACCAGGACCAAAAGACAGGGAUCCAGGAACACACCAGUGUCUACAGAUGUGUUAAUCACCUUGAGAUAAAGUCCAGAGUAGAUGAGCCAAGUUUUUCAAGUAUAAACUAGUGAGCAUGCAAGCGACAAAUCCAAUUCUAUGCAGACUGCCAGCACCAGGAGAGGAAGGUGCCCCUCCCCCACCUGCAGUCCAGCUCCUAUGAAGGUAGGGGGGCCUCCAAUUUUGUUUGUCCAGGGCCCCAGUACACCUUAAUCCACCUCUGUCUCUUCCACCUCACUUUCAUUCCAGCUCCACCCAAAGUAUAGAACCAACUGCCUAGCAGUGGCAGCAGCAUUUCUGUUCAGGCAGGAGUGAGAGUCAAUUGAAUUCUCAUGGCUUUUAAUAAAAGCUACCCAGUUCCUUCUGAAGUCUUCAUUUCACAAUUGUUAGUGAACCCCCUCUUCUUUUUUAAUGGUCUUGAUGUUCCACUAAUCAAGUUAGCCUUUUUCUGCUAUUCUGCUGUCUGUUGGCUGCUCCUGGUAAUGUAGCUCCUAUGUCACAACUGUUUUUUUAACUCAUUCCAAUAUUAUAUUGGUUUUUGCUUCAAUUUUAAACUGAAUAAUAUAGCCCUAGCAUGCUAGCGUAUGAUAUUAGUAAAGCUUCUUUCUACUUGGAGAAAAAUGUUUGUUGCUGUAUGGGAUGAUGCACCACACCAUCUGCUCCCCCUUUUCAAAAUCCUAGAUCUGCCCCUGGCUAGAUUAGUGUUUGGAGCUCCCUGGAUUCAGUUUCCUAAAUUGUGAGUUUGUUGGGUAGGAAUGCGUUGAGGAACUUCCAGAAUCAAAUUAACCAAGUAAACUUAUGCCAGGAAUUUUUUUCCAAGAGAAAAUGGACUAGCUUUAAUAUGCAACAGACCUUUUUAAAGAGCAGUAAAACACGUAGGCAUAGUUAUGAAAUAUUACUAUGUAGAAGCUGGAUUUCUAAGAACACUUUUUAAGUAUAUUGGCAGUACUAAUUUGUAGAGGAUAACUGAAUGAUUUGGUUGAUGUACAAAAAAGCUGCAGACAAAAGUAGGGAGCAUAACAGACUUGAUGAGCAAGCUAUUGAACUGGAUUUUGGGUGCAGUUUUCAAAAGUGCUUGCGUCCUGUUGGCCUGAGCUCCCAUUUGUCUGGCACUUUUGAAAGCAGGAAAUGGAUUCCCAAGUGAUUUCCGCAAUGUUUAUUUGAACAAUUGAACAGUCAUUCAUUAUAAUAGCUAUCCAUCAUAUAUUAACCCUUGGCAACAAGUGUAUAUGCACACUGUUUAGGUUAAACGUAGUCCGUAUUUAGAAAAGCACCUUCAGUUGGCAAGUGCUUUACUAAGUGAUGGGCUGUGAAAAGUACCAAUCAAACAUCCAGUAGAGCUAGUAGGUCUCUCGUUCCUGUGUUUCUGUCCCUGCUUAUGAAGUGACUGCUGACCAGCGGGCACUCCUGAAUGUGUUACAGGAAUGUGCUGCAAUAAGUAGAUGGCCCCACUGCUUUAAAAGGCCAUCUCUUGAUUUGAGGGAAAGGGGCUUCCUUUAAGAAAACCUUGAUUGUAUACUAACAAUCACUGAAUUUGAGUAUAACUCUGGCCUAGACAUGUUUAACUGGUACCUAUAUGUACUGAGCAUUUGUCUUACACUGAGUAGGACAGAGAAAGCAUCUCUGACCUGGAAGCAGCAGCACAGUCUUAGGCCUGACAACCUUUCAGUAACAGCAGGCUAAAUUAACACAGCUCCAUGGACAGCCAGUAGAUGGUGGAUUCUUGCACAAACGUGCUUACUAGGCAAGAUAACAUCUCUGCGGGCUGGGCUAUAGGUUGCCAAUGCUUUCAGCAGGCUUUGCUACAAAUUGGCCCCAUACCCUCCCUAAGUGCCAUUCUGAUCCACUUCCCCUGCCUGAUCUGCUGCUCUGCUUUCUGCUUCCUGUUUUAUCUGCCACUGGGCCGCCUGGCCCUCCCCAGUCUGCCAUGUGCUAUACACAGAGGUUGCCAGUGCCACUUGUUGCAGGUUGGCCCUGCAAGCCAGAUGAGUGGUAUAGAGCUGGUCUGCAAGCUGGAUUGGACACUGGGCCCAGUGUUGCCUCUUCCUGCCCCAACACUGGGAUUGGCCCCUGGAGCCCAGCGCCACCAUCACUUGGUCCAGUGCACUGGACUUGGGUGCCUGAUCCAGUGUGCAGGGCCCAGGGCUCCCCGUGGGUCUGGAAAUCUGGCAGCAGGGCAGCCGUGCCAUCCAUAUUGAGGUAAACAUGGCACGCAAUAAUUGUGGUGUGUUUAGGCUUGGCAGAACUCUCUUUUUGUUGUUUUAAUAAUUUAGAUGGCUAAAAUCAAUGUUUAUGUUUAAGCCUUUGUUUUGAUUUUUAUUGAUUUAAAUGUUCAGGAUUGGGCAGAAUUAGGGGUGUGGGUGGGGCAGACAGUUUGGUAAUGACAGUAAGCUGUUAAACACUUUAUAAAAAACGCAUGUCAAAAUAUAAAAAGUAAAUAUCCAUAAAUCAAUACAUCACACUUACUUUAAAUCAUUCUCUUCGUUCAGCAGGAAAGAGCCUGGUGGGCAGAGACCAGAAGAGGGCAGCAGCAAUCCCAGAGCUCUGGGAACAUGGGGAGAGGCUGUGGCUGCCCUCAACCUCCAUCGCUUAGCCCGCCCUGUCUGGGCAGGGCCUGGCUGGCACUGGCCUGGAGCCUCAAAUACCCCCUGCUCCUUCCCCUCUUCACCACCUUUGGGCCUAGGUAUGUUCCAGCCAUCAACAUGCAUCACAUUGUCUACAGCCCCAGAGGAUGGGAUAGGGGACGAGCAAAGCCAUUCCUUGGUCGUCUAGCACACUGCUUUUCUAGUAUACAGGCACCCUCUGUGCAGCCGUCCUUCAGGAAAGGUUGUGAGAAGUAGAUCUCGAAACAGCUUUAGCAGCGGCACCAACUAAUCGGAGGUUGCUGGAAGCAAGUAGCUGCAGUCCCAAGAGAAUCUCUUCUCCCAGGAACCAUGUACGGUAACAAAUGCCCAGCUCCUCCAUUGCGUUGUGCAAGGCUGAUGCAGGUUUUGAAAUCGGAUGGAAGGAAGGGGAGGGUUGAAGGAGCUGCUCAGAAAGCAGCGGGGUGCAGUGUCAUAAGGAGAUGAGGAAAUGAAAACAGGAGUCAGCGUGUCCAGUAUAGAUCCUGUCACGGCAGCUGCAGCACCCUACAGCCGACAACAUGGCCAAGCACAAAGCCUGUCAGGAGCUAAGUGACUACCCACGGGAAGUGACUCUCUCCACCCUGAGGCUCCGAGUGCUGCCUCCUACUGUCUUGUGUGACACCUCGCUGGAAAGUCUAAAUCUGGACCGCAACAAGCUGAAACGCAUCCCUGGGAUCUCUCAGCUCUGCAACUUGAAGAAGCUGAUAUUGUCCAAGAAUGAUAUUGCUGACUUUCCAGAGGAAAUCCAGAGUCUCGUCCAUCUGGAGAAGCUGGACCUGAAUCAGAACCAAAUUCGGGUCAUCCCGGAGGGGAUCUUUUCCUGUCUUCUUAAGCUGAAACACUUGCGGUUGAACAACAACCGUCUUAGUGACCUCCCCAAAGACCUGGCCACUUGUCAGGGCAGCCUCCAGUAUCUCAAUCUCUCCAACAACUUGUUCCAAGACAUCCCCCAGGCUGUCUUGAAACUGGCAAGUUUGCAGGACUUCUACAUACAAAAUAAUAUGCUGCACCAGCUGCCCGUUGGGCUGUUCACUGGGCGGCCACUGAAAAUGUUCAAGGCAAAUGGGAACCCUCUGAGGGAACCUCCCGGUGAAGUCUGUGCUGGGGGAAUCCGGCAGAUCCUGAGCUACUUCAGCCAGCUUCAGACAUGCCAGGCACAAGAGGACCGGAGGGUGAAGACUAUGUUCCUGGGGGCCUCGCUGGCAGGGAAAUCCACCAUCUGCAAGAGCCUACAGCAGAGACGAGCAGUCCCAUUGUCUAAGGAAGAGCGGACCGUUGGGAUUGAGAUCAGCGAGUUCCGCAUCCAGGACUUCACGUUUCUUUUCUGGGACUUUGCUGGCCAGCUGGAGUACUACAUGACUCACCAUGUCUUCAUCACCCCCCAGGCCCUCGUCAUCCUAGUCAUUAACUUCCAGCAGUACCAGCUUAAUGACAAAGUCUUCAAGGAGCUUGUUGGUUUCUGGAUCAACAACCUCUUCAUGCGAAUCCCAAACUCAGUGGUCCUCCCAGUGGGAACUCAUAUAGACUGUUGUGAUGAGGGGGAAGUGGAGGCAAAGAAGCAGGAUGUCAUGAACAGGAUUCAGGCCAUGCUGGAGGAGAGGAGGACAAGUCUCAUCCACUUCAUCAACAAUCUGGAAGACAGCGAAGAGUCAGAAAUCUACGUGGACCAGUGGAACAGACUGAAGGAAACGGAGAGCUGCACCUUAACUAUUUUAGAUCUGAUUUCUGUCAAUUGCACCGAUUACCAGGACAUUAAGAAACUAGAAGCUGCCAUUCUGGGACAUGUACGGAAUGAAGAAAUAUUCCCUAACGUUAUCAGAAUGCUGCCCCCGGUCUACAAGGAGGUGGAAGCUGCCAUUGUGGAUAUUGUGCAGAGCGAGGGGACAGCAGAACACGGCAUGAUGGACCUCAAUCUCUUACUCAGUGAACUUGCCCAGAGAGAGAACCUGACCAGCCUUGGCAGAGAACUUCUCCAAGACGUCCUGAGGUACCUCCACCACAUUGGAUUGAUCAUAUGGUAUGAGGAAGUCAAGCAGAUGGAAAGCAUAGUCUUCCUCCGGCCAGCCUUUCUGAUAACCAUGUUCAAGCUCCUUGUUAGGUAUCACCUUGUGCAGCAGCUAGAGAGCAUUUCGGUGGACACACUGGUGGGGGAACACGCAACCAUCAGGGACCAAUCCAACUGGGUAUGGACAUUCAAGUCAAAGGCUAUGCUGUGCCAGCAGGCCAUGCGUGCCUUAGUCAAGCACCAGCUCCCCUUGGAAGGGCUGGAGGAUGUCUUUGAGGAGAUGAUGGGGCGCAAGUCCCAGAAAGGGAAGCUGUUCAGUCUCCUGGAGCACUUUGAGAUCUGCCUGGAGAGCAAGGAUGUUUCUGAGGUGUGGGGAGGAGAUCAUGCAGAAGAUCUCCACCUACGGGCCUACUUCUCACCUGAAGUCCCAGAGAGCUUCUUCCAAAGACUCAUGGUGAAAGCUUGCUCCUUCUAUUCCACCCACUGGGUUGCAAAGAUGAUGUGCCUGCUCGUGUGCAGUGGCAAGCCUUUGUUGAUCAAAGAGAACAACCAGAAGGGAUACAGUUAUAUUGAACUCCGCUGCAGAAAGCCGGCAGAAAGGAUAGAAUUCCGGAUUACAUGGGACUUGGUCAUGGCGAUCGUCUCCAUCAUCCGGAAGCUCUCGGAUGAGUGGCCUGGGCUCCAUAUAUGCUUGAAAACACCUUGUCGCACUGCGGUGUGUCCUGCAGAGUUUGUUUGGCCGGACCUGGAUGGCAAGUCCACAGUGACCAAGGAGGACAUUAAAACUUGUGGAACAUGUAGCCAUCAGUUUCGGACAGAGCUGCUUUUACCCAAAGUUUUGAGUGACGUGGAAGCUCCCCCUGCUCAGCCUGCUGCCCACUACUAUGUCACGAGCUAUGGAACGACAACCUUUGGCCCUAGCAAUGUCCACGUCAGUCGCCAGAACAUCUUGGAUGAAUAAUUGGGCCAGCCAAGGAAAGACUGCAUGGGGAGAAGACUGCCCUGUAGUCAAAGCCCUUGGUUCAUUCGGGACCAUGUCUCAUGCACCUUGUUCUGCAAGAUGUCUGCCUGUUUAAAGUGCAUGUCAAAGCUGAUUUUGCAAUAAACACUUUCCACCCAUA